GUAAGUUUACACAGAUAACGGACCGACCUUCCCUCGACCCUGGUGCUGUGGAGACCCUAUUCCUCCUGGAACGACCUUCCUCUACCCCAGGCCUUGAUCCGGCACCCGCUUCAUAUGGAUGAUUCACAGCUUCUGGAGUCUGACACGAUAGUGCCCAAUGACAUGAUCGGAAACGGAAUGGUUUUGAUAACGAGGGCCUUGUGUUCGCCUCCUCCGCACUUGGCUUCUGAUAUCAGCAACAUACCUGGCACUGGCAGCUAUCCAGUUGGACUGGGGAAGAAAAUGCUUAAGUACAGGGGUCGCACUCCUCAAAGGUAUAACAACAACGACAUCUGCUCUGUGUGACACUGUUUCUCGAAGCCUCUGAGUGCCACCAGUCUCUCUGAUUGCGUUGAUAUCCCUUGACGAUCACUGGUUAUCCUGGGCCUCUCCAGAUGGACUACGAGAAGAAUCCCAAGAGCGAUACAGCUCAAGCAGCCGCAGACAAGGCCGGGGCCGACAUUGAAAUUGCCAACACUCUCUCACAGCAAGGGGAUCAAGAUGUCGCCGUCACAUUCUUGGCCGGGCUGGAUCCGUCCAUCACCGAGAAGGAGGUGACGAAAGAGGAGGCUCGAAAGGUGCUCUGGAAGAUUGAUCUGAUCAUCCUGCCUCUGGUGGCGGCAACCAUCAUCCUGGCGGCCGUGGACAAAGUCAUCAUAUCCAACGCAGCCAUCUACGGGAUGCGCGAGGACGCCCAUCUGACCAGCGACCAGUACUCGUGGGUAGGAUCAAUCUUCUACUUUGGGUACUUGGUGCUCGAGUAUCCCAGCGCAAUAUUGAUCCAACGGCUGCCAGUAGCCAAACUGCUCGCUGGUGCGGUGUUCAGCUGGGGGGUGAUCAUGAUGUGCAUUGCGGCGACGCACAACUUUGGCGGCUUGGCCACCUGCCGGUUCAUCAUGGGCAUGUCAGAAGCGCUCAUAUUUCCUGUGUCCAGCAUCCUCACCGUGAUGUGGUGGACUCGCGAAGAACAACCCAUCAGGGUGGCGUUCUGGUUCAACCAAGGCUCAUCCAUCUUCUCCGGCAUUAUCAGCUAUGGUAUCGGACACACGCACACCAGCAUCGCUCCCUGGCGCCUUUUGUUUCUUGUGCUCGGCGGCUAUUCGUUCCUCUGGGCUGUCGUCAUUUGGUUCUGCUUGCCCGACACGCCCGUGACAUGCCGGUGGUUGAGUGCCCGCGAAAAAUACAUCUGCCUCCGCCGCGUCAAGGACAACAAGACGGGUAUCGAAGACCGCAAGAUCAAAUGGUACCAGAUCAAAGAGUGUCUGACGGAUCCCAAGACGUGGGCGCUGGCCACCUUCGCCGUGGCCCAGAACAUCCCCAACGGCGGCCUGGUCACCUUUGCUGCCAUCAUCGUCUCCGGGCUCGGGUACUCGAAACUCAACACCACUCUCCUGGGCAUCCCGACCGGCGUCCUCGCGACGGUGUGGCAACUGAUGCUGGCUUUUCUGUGUGCUCACAUCCCCAAUAUUCGGUGCUUGACCAUCGCCGUUGCCAAUCUCGUGCCCAUGAUCUGUGCCAUUCUCAUGUGGAAGCUGCCCCGCGACAACAAGCACGGUCUGCUCGCCGCUUACUACGUCUUUUACACCUACUGGGCGCCUUAUGUCCUGGCGACUUCCCUCCCCAUGGCCAACACCUCGGGUCACUCCAAAAAGGUCACCAUGAACGCCAUAUUUUUCGUCUCUUACUGCCUGGGAAAUAUUUUGGGCCCGCAAGUUUUCCGCAGCUCCGAUGCUCCCGAUUACUCCCAUGGAUAUAUCGGCUUGCUCUGCUGCAUUGUCGUGGCGAUUGGCUCCAUCAUUGUGUACGGCUGUCUUUGCUUCUUCGAGAACAAGCGACGUGCUGCUGCCGUCGUUCAGGCAAAUGAACUUGGUGCUGCACAUGAUACGCAGGAGGACAUGAUUGCUGCGUUCCAGGAUUUGACUGAUAAGGAGAAGAAGACGUUUGUCUACACCUAUUGAUUGAGAGCUGAGACAACGGGCGUACCUACCUAUAGGCAGCUUACCUUAUGUACGGGCAAAGUAUAGUUGUCUUUUGCAUUACCCACGUUGCGAAGGGAAUACACCGGGGACGUCAUGGCUUCGCCUUUGCACUUCACCAGAUAGUAUAUGUUCUGACUGAGCCGUGAAGUUGUAACCCAGUAACAGGUUCUGUCAAUCAACGAUCUCAGAAGACAGACAUCGAGAUGUGAUAAUUACGUGGACUGAUAGCAAUUGAAGUCACCCGCUGCUACUGCAGUGGGAGAGAUCUUAGGAAUCCUUGCCAAGCACACACAUGUAGAAAAGUUUGGUCGGGGGUCGCU